UUCCUGAGGAACUAUCAGCCCAGCCCAGGCCUCAUUGUUCCUGAUUUCCAGCAAUGGUCGCCAUUACCUGCCCAGCACCACAGCCAGUCCCUCCUGCCUCUGCCUGCCCUGGGAGAAGUUAGUCUUUCUGCUCCCCACAGGGCGGGUCUCUCAGCUGUGAGGCAGCAGUGCGGUCUUCUGCCCCUGAGGCAUGGCCCGAAGGCAGCGCUAACUGUCGGGCAGACCACAAGCUCAAGAUGCGGCUGGCGUUGUACACCCGAGGGGCCUCCCUGCAGCUUGGAGCCCUGCUGGUGCUGCUGCUCUGUUCGAGCCUUGAAGGCCAAGAAAACUCUUUCACCAUCAACAGGAUCCACAUGGAGGUGCUGCCGGGCGGGACAGUGCCCAAUGGGCAGAACCUGACCUUGCAGUGCCUUGUGGACAUCAGCACCACCUCGUACACCCAGCUCCCGCACCAGGUGCUGUUCUUUAAGGAUGACACACUGUUCUACAAUGUCACCUCCAAGGAAAACAUUGAGAGCUUCAUCAUUCCCCUGGCCCGGGUCUGGGACUCUGGGACAUAUAAAUGCACUGUGAUUCUGAACAACAAGGAGAAAACCUCUGCAGAGUACCAGGUGAUGGUGCAAGGAGUGCCCAAUCCCAGGGUGACACUGGACAAGAAGGAGGCCAUAGAAGGCGGGUCUGUGACAGUCAAUUGCUCUGUCCCAGAGGAAAAGGCUCCAGUACAUUUCCUAGUGGAAAAAAUAGAUCACAACACAAAAAUUGUCAAGCAGAGGAAAGAGAAGACUAACUGGAACCAGAAUUUCAUGACGCUGGAAUUCCCCAUAGAGGAACGGGAACAUCUUUUAGUCUUCCAAUGUCAAGUUAGCAUCUCGGUUACGUCUGGAUCCCACAAGGAGAUCUCAGAAUUCACCAGGAGCGACCUGGUCACCGUGAGAGAAUCCUUCUCUAUUCCUAAGUUCCACAUCAGCCCGCAAAAGGAUCAGAUCACAGAAGGAGAUGAGCUCCACAUCAAGUGCACCAUCCAAGUGACGCCCCUGGCCCAAGUGUUUCCGGAAAUCAUAAUCCAGAAGGACAAGGAGAUUGUGGCCUCCAACAAAAACGGCGAUGAGGCCGUCUACUCGGUAAUGGCUCUGGUGGAGCACAAUGGCAACUACACGUGCAAAGUGGAAUCCAGGCACAUCUCCAAGGUCAGCAGCAUCAUGGUCAACAUUACAGAACUGUUUGCCAAGCCGAAGCUGGAAUAUUCUUCCACCCGUCUGGACCAAGGUGAGAGCCUGGCCCUGUCAUGCUUCAUCCCAGGAGCACCCCCAGCCAACUUCACCAUCCUGAAGGAAGGCACAAUCAUAUCAGAGAAUCAAAAUUUCACAAAAACUGCAGCGCAGGAGGACAGUGGGAUGUACACCUGCACUGCAAGCAUUGGCAAAGUGGUCAAAAGAAGCAAUGCCAUCUGGAUAGUUGUGUGUGAAAUGCUCUCCAGGCCCAGGAUUUCUCAUAACACGAAGUCUGAGAUCAUCAAAGGGGAGCACAUAGAAGUGAGCUGCCAAGCAAAUGGAACUUUCCCCAUUUCUUAUCAGCUUUGGAAAGCAAAUACCAUCUUGGAGAAUUAUACAAAGUACUCAAAUGACCCUGCAGUAUUUAAAGAUACUCCAACCAAAGACGUGGAAUACCGGUGUGUUGUGGACAACUGCCAUUCCCAGGACAAAAUAUCCAGUGAGAUUGUGAAGGUCAAGGUGAUAGCCCCGGUGGAAGAGGUCAGGCUCUCCAUCCUACUCAAUGAAGUGGUGGAGACUGGGAAAGACAUGGUGCUGCGCUGCUCUGUGAAGGAAGGCACUGGCCCGAUCACGUACAAGUUUUACAAAGAGAACCAGGACCAAGCCUUCUACCAGGUCACCUCGAAUGAGACACAGGCAUUUUGGAGGACGGAUCAGGCCAGCAAAAAGCAGGAGGGCCAGUAUUACUGCACUGCCUCCAACCGGGCCAGCUUCGCCGCACGUGCCUUCCAGAGCAACACCCUGACUGUCACAGUCUUCCUUGCCCCGUGGCAGAAGGGACUGAUUGCAGUGGUUGUCAUCGGUGUGAUUAUUGCCUCCUUGAUCAUCGGGGCCCGCUGCUACUUUCUGAGGAAAGCCAAGGGCAAGCAGAUGCCGGUGGAGAUGUCCAGGCCAGCAGUACCACUUCUGAACUCCAACAAUGAGAAGGUGUCAGAUCCCAAUGUUGAAGUCAACAGUCAUUACGGUUACAGUGAUGAUGUUGGAAACCAUGCAAUGAAACCAGUCAACGAAAAUAAAGAGCCCCUGAACUUGGACGUGGAGUACACAGAAGUGGAGGUAUCCUCCGUGGAUCCUCAUCGAGCUCUAGGAACGAAGGGCACGGAGACUGUGUACAGUGAGAUCCGAAAAGCUAACCCUGAUUUCGUGGAAAACAGAUACUCCAGGACGGAGGGCUCCCUGGACGGGACCUAGGCAGCGCCAGCAGAGGCCCAUCCGCGGGAGGACAUCCGCAUUCCAAGAAGAGCAGAUGGUCCCUGUAUCCCAAGAGCUUUGAGCACUUAGUUUUAUGAGCCUGCCCUGCUCCUGGCCAACCCAGCGGCUCCUCGGACCACACUGUGGGGCGCUGACAUCAGGUCUGAAGAGAUACACUCGGGGGGCUCUGUCUCUGUCCUCAUGGGAGCCGCCUUGCAAACGGAAGAGCAGUAGGGGGGUUCGGGGUGAGCAGGCCAUUGGGAUACUUUGAAACUUGAAUCUUUCCUGUUGUACAGAACUAAGUCUCCACGCACCCUUCUCCUCCCUGCCCCAACCCAACCUAACCCAAGCCAGUUUCUGUCGUGUAGUUGCCACUUUUUGGAGUAAGUGGCCCACUUUGUGGGCGAGUUUCGCCUUUGCCUUUACUUCUGGGUAGCCCUUAUCUUUGGAAAUCCGUAGUGCUCACUCCCCAGCUUCUCCCCAACCUCUCUAUGACCUGCCCUGUCAUGCCACGCCACAUCGCACGAGGUCAAACGCAGUGCCUAGGACCAAACCCUCUGAUGCCCACCUGGCAACGCCAAGGCCCUCCCCUGGCCCCCGCGGUGC